AUGGCAACAUCACGAAUAAGUAAUACUACAAGUUUAUCCUCAAGUAUACAUGAACGGCGUCAAGUACAAUCUCGAAUACGUGCGCUUCAGCAACGAACUAAUGCUAUAUAUGAAGAAUUAUCUCGUUCAUCAUCAGUUGCUAAAACAGCUGUUCAUGAUGUUGAACGAGCUUAUAUGACAAUAACAAAUGAAUAUCGAGAACAACGUAAUAAACUUUUAGAAAAUCUUCAUCACGUCAACAAAAAUAUCAAAGAAUCAACACAUGAACUUGAUGGUAUACGUAAAAGUUUACAUACAGUUCAAUCAUUUCGUUUACCAUUAAAUUCACCAAGAUAUUCAACUAAUUAUGAAGUACAUGAAAUGAAUGCUAUGGUUGAUAAUAUUGAACGUGUACUCAAUAAAAUAUCACAACAACUUAAACAAUUUCAUUUUAUACCUUCACAUGGUCAUGCAAUGAGUAAAACACUUGGUACAGUACGUGUUAAAGAUACUGAUCGUAAAGAAACAAGAUUAACAUCACCAGGAUCUUCUAUUAAUCAAUAUUAUUCAACAGAAAAUCUAUAUGUUUAUAAACUUUAUACAAUUGAUAUAGAUAUAUGUGCAAAAUGGGUUAUAUCAACAAUAGAACAACGAAUAUUUUUAUGUGAUACUGAAGGUGAAGUACGUAUAUAUUCAUAUUCACGUCAUCUUCGUCGACAACCUUUAUUAACAGAACGUUUUCAUUUAUCUAAUAUACGUUUAAUAUCAUCAUUUACAGUAACACAAGAUUAUUUAAUUGCAUUUGAAAUUGAUACACAAAUUUUAACAUUACAUACACAUCAUGGUGCAUUAAUUUUACGUUUAUUUUUUCCAUAUGAUCCAAUAAUGAUAGUUCGUUGUGAUUAUAAUAAAAAAAAUCAAAUAUGGACAUGUUGUCGUACAAAACGACAAUGUUAUCAAUUUAAUAUAAAUCAUAAAAUCAAACAAGUUAAUCUUUUAGAUGAAUUAGAUUUUACAAAACCCAUAUCAAAUAUUUUAAUUGAUCCUGUUGGAAUAUCAUGUGAUGAACAAGAUCGUGUUGUUGUACAUGAUGUUAAUACGACAACAGCAGAUCGUUUAUUACUUUUUACGAAUAAUCAAAAUAGUAUAAUAUCACUUGAUUUUGUAAAAUAUUUUGAUAAACUAUCAUCAUCAUAUAUUGAACGUGUUUUAUUAGUACCUAAACAACCAAAUUUAAUUGUUAUUGUUUAUGUUCCACAAUCACCAAUAACAAAUAUACAUGAAAUAGUUAUUGUUGAUAUUAGUUUACAACCAGCACAAAUACUUUAUUGUUUAUCAGAAGCAAAUGGUAUACAAAGUAUAGAUGUAACAUCAAAUGGUGAAUUAGUUUAUACAGUUACAACACCAACAAAUAAACGAACACCACCAAAAAUGCAUAUUUAUAGUUUAAUUUAUUAA